GGGUGGUUUUCAUCGAUGGAGGUCAACAAUGAUGGGAGUCCACCUCGGCCCGAAGGCCUCAAGACCUCACCUGAGCCCUCCAAACGCACGUCUCCCGGGCACGAGCUUACUUCCUCAAGCACCAGCUCACCACCACCCAAGCCCCCCAGACCCACCUCGCCCGAGCACAAGCUUAAUUACUCAAGCACCAGCUCACCACCGUCCGAACCCCCCAUACCAGCCUCGCCUGAGUCCGAGCUUGCCUCCUCAAGCACCAGCUCACCACCGCCCGAGCCCCCCAGGCACACCCCGCCCCCACCGGCUCUUGCUUCCUCAAGCAACACUGCACCACCAGACGGCGGCGAUCAGAACGAAUGGGUAAUCUCUAUCAAAGAAAGACUAGAUCAAUUUUCUCAACUGGACAAGGAAGUUUGGUCCAGAUAUUCCAUCUUUCGGGCCCCAAGCAACCUUCGAAAAAUGGAGCCCGAGGCCUACACACCCCAGUUCAUCUCCAUUGGCCCCUUUCACAGAGGCGAGCCCCACCUUCGAUUAAUGGAAGCUCACAAAUGGCGUUUCCUCCAUCGUUCCCUCGACCGCACCCGGCAAGAUCUGGAUGUCUACAUCAGGGCCAUCUCACCACACGUUGCUGAAACACGUGGAUACUAUGCGCUGAUCACUGACCACAUGAGCAAUCAAGAAUUCCUCGAGAUGAUGCUGCUUGACUCUUGCUUCAUCAUUGAAUUGCUCAUUGCAGUGGCCCAAGGCCUCAGCCGCCGCGACGAUGACCCACUCUUCGAUGUCCGUGCGGUUGUCCUAGAGAUCCGAAGAGACAUGUUAUUGCUCGAGAACCAAAUCCCAUUCUUCAUCCUGGAAAAAUUGCUCCCACUCACUGCAGGAUCAUACUUCAAGGACUACUCACUGAGUCAACUCGCUCUCUUCUUCUUUAACUGGUCCGUCCCUGGAAACAUCACGAAGCAAAAGACUCGCGACACAGGAAAUGAGAAAGUACUGCAUUUUCUCCAUCUUAUACGGCAAAGCCUCAUACCAUUACAAUAUAUGCGGCCUCCACCGCCACCUCCACCGCCGCCGCCGCCACCACCACCAUCAUCAUCAUCACGAUGGCCCCCUUCUAAAUUUAUAGAUACUUAUGAACACAAACAUCUGACGAUGCGAUGUGUCUCCAUGUUAGUGGACUCUGGGGUGAAGUUCAGGAAGAGAAUGUCGAGCAGAUUGACGAACAUCGAAUUUGACUUCAAAAGAGGCAUUCUCAAGAUCCCACCAUUGGUAGUUGACGACUCCACCAAGUCUAUCUUACUUAACCUCAUGGCCUUCGAGCAGUGCUACCCCAAAUGUAGUGAUGAUAUCAGUUCCUACGUUGUUUUCAUGGACGGGCUGAUCAACACACCAGGAGACGUUGCCCAUCUGCAACAGAAAGGGAUUAUCAACUACCACCUAGGGAGUGAGAAGGCCGUGGCCCAGCUCUUCAAUGAUCUAUGUCGAGAUAUCAGCAUAGAUUACAUGUAUGGCUCUCAUGUCUUCGCCCUUUGUUUGGAGUUGAAUAAGUAUGUCUCGCUUAAGUGUCCCACUUGGAAGGCCAGCUUGAGGCGCGAGCACUUUCGCCAUCCGUGGUCCAUCAUAUCCCUCGGGGCUGCUGUUUUCAUCAUCGGCCUCACGCUGACGCAGGCCGUGUAUGCCAUCCUAGCCUACCAUAUUCAUCACUCUUAGACGGAUGGUUCAUCUCUUUCUUCUUCUUUAAUCUCCACCAUUGUUUUACUCCU